AUCGCAUCCAGCUCUCGCGGGAGGAAAUGGGAUUGUACUGCGUCAUAGCUAUAGCUCCAGUAGAUCCAUGGCCAUGCGUCCAUGGCGCUAAUCCAAUUCCAGCAGCGGCUUGCCGUUGGAGUGGCUCGGCCUCCUCCGGGCCUCGGUCUGGCCGCCGUCCGCCGUAGCCCUAGGAACAAUGGCGCGCGCGGCCGCGGCAGGAGGACGACGACGACGACAGCCUGUUCGAUGCUGGAGCCUGCAGCAAGAGGGAAGGCGGCGGUGGCGCCGACGGCGGCGGACGUGGUGAGGGGGUUCUACGAGGGAGUGAACCGGCGGGACAUGGCGGCGGUGGAGCCGCUCAUCGCGGAGGGCUGCGUCUACGAGGACAUGGUGUUCCCGCGUCCCUUCGUCGGCCGCGGCGCGGUGCUCGAGUUCUUCGCCGGCUUCAUGGGGUCCAUCAGCCCCGACCUCCUCUUCGUCAUCGAUGACAUCUCCGGCGAGGACUCCCGCGCCGUCGGCGUCACCUGGCACCUCGAGUGGAAGGGGAGACCGUUCCCGUUCAGCCGGGGAUGCAGCUUCUACCGCGUGGAGCUCGAGGAGGAGCGGCAGCAGCUGCAGAUCGUGUACGGGCGGGACUGCGUGGAGCCAGCGGCGAAGCCGGGGGAGGCGGCGCUGGUCGUCAUCAGGGCGGUGACAUGGAUCCUCGAGCGCUUUCCACGCCUUGCCGCACUGCUCUAGCGCCGCCAUGCGCCUCGAUCGCCUGUUCCAUGUCCUAUUCCACUUAAGUUUGUGACACGAAACUGCAGGUUAAUUUCACAUGGGUAACCGUAAUUUCUUCGGAAACUUGCAAAGGAAAUUGUAGUGUUCCCUCUGUCUCAGGAUAGAAUCAUUUUUAGCCAUAUUUGUUUGUCCCAAAACAAGUUGAUCUUUUAACUGAUGGUUGCAUUAGAGCAAGUAUAAUAGCAGGCUCUAAACUAGCUAAAUGCUUAUAUAAAGGAGAGAGUGGAUGAGAGAGUGUAAGCGGACUGCAAGCUUGUAGCUAGCUCAUGUACAAUAACCAAGACACUCUGUGAGAGUGAUACGUGGGUUCUGCAUUAAUAAUGAAGAGCUAACUACUAUAUGGGUAGGCUAAAAGAAAGCUAUAAAAAAUUCUUAUAGCCAGCUUGUUGGCUAUAUUAUUAGUCUUGCUCUUAGAGCAAUUAAAAAUAACGAAUAAAUGCUUCGAGACUAAAUAAAGUAGGAGACAAUAGAGGUUGUAAUAGUACUUUGGCUUUGUAUUGAUAUAUGUGGAAUGGGUGAAAAAUAAAGUUAUUUAUCA